AUGAUACACACAGGCGCCAUUAUUUGCAUCCUUCUGCUGGCCCCUCUCCCUGGCACUUCUGGGAGCAGCAUAGUUGGAGGCAAAGUUUCCAAGCCCCACUCCAGACCCUAUAUGGCGUCCCUCCAGUACCAAGAAAAACAUUCAUGUGGUGGGAUACUUAUUCGGAAGGAUUUUGUCCUAACUGCAGCACACUGCCAGUCUCAAGGUGACAUGACAGUGGUUCUUGGAGCACAUGAUCUCAGAAAGAAGGAGAAAAGUCAGCAAAGGAUGAAAGUGGCAAAGUUCUGUCCACAUUCAAGCUACAGUGGAAAAUUUGAUUUUGACAUCAUGCUGCUUAGGUUACAAAAUAAUAUCACAAAGAAUAAGUACGUGAAGCCUCUGGACCUGCCCAAGAAGGCCAAAAGCAUCUCUGACAAACUUAAUUGUCUUGUUACUGGCUGGGGAAAAACUGGACCCAGUGAGCCUGAUUCAAAUGUUCUGAAAGAAGGGACAGAAACGACUCUGCCCAUCACUGACUGUGAAACUGUUUGGGGAGAACAUUUCAAAGCAAAGCAAAUGAUUUGCACCACAUUUAACAAGAAGGGUGGAGGAAUAUGCCAGGGUGAUUCUGGUGGACCUCUAAUUUGCAAAAACAAGCUGCAAGGCAUAACUGCUUUUACUGCUGAUGGUCAAUGUGAUAAUGCACAGUAUCCUCAUGUCUUCACGAACAUUAGUUACUUUCUGCCGUGGAUCAAGAAAAGGAUGGAGACUAAAUCAUUAUGCUGAACACGUCUGUACUUGUGCAUUGUUAAUAGAUUGUAGAAAAGAUAAUAGCAUGAAAAUGUUUUCAAUUGCCUGUAUUUUCUAAAUUUACAAUAAAAAAUACACUUGUUAGUUA